UGUUAUGCUAAUAAAAAAGAGUGAACAUAAACAAAAAUAUGGAAUGUGAUGAUUUUAUCAUCACCAUUAUUGGUUAAUUUGUAUGAGAUUUUAUUCAGCAUCAAUCUGAAUUUUUUGCCAGGGAUUACCUCCACAGUUGUGUGUCACAUUCAAUACAUAUAAUAUUGCCUGAGAUUCCAAGAGAAUUAGAUUUAAGAUGAAGGAUUACAUAAUAAUUCCUUGAUUUCAGUUGGAAAUACAAUGAAUUGCUGGCAUCGUGUCCGGCCUCAUCGCAAAUGAAAUGAGCCACUAGAACAUGCACAUGACGGAGAUCGAUACAUCUAACUCGCUUCUCUAUCGAGAUCUUGCAUUCUCCGCAUAAUUACGAAUACAUAACAAGAUUCAUUUGCAAUCCUUAAUUAAGAUUUAACCAUCACAAUUCUCCAAUCCUUAAUUUCAGAUCUCAAGCAAUCUUCGUUUCUUUCUUUUUUUGUUUGCAGGUGGGAGAGAGGUGUGGCGUUGUGUAAUUAAAUAGAGAGAAAUGGCGGCCGCUGGAUUCAUGAACCGAGCGUUCGAGUCUAUGCUCAAAGAGUGUUCCGGCAAGAAGUAUCCUGAUCUUCAAAAAGCUAUUGAAGCUUAUCGAGAUGGUGCAAAAGAGGUUAAACAACCCAGUGAAACAAAUCAAGCAGCUUCUUCUGCUAGAGAUGGAAGUUCACCAGAUACUGAAGGCGAAGCAGCAAAGACUACUAUCGAAGCUGCAAUGGAGGCAGAACAUGUUGGUAGGAAAGUAGGCAGUGGAAGUGUUGCAACUACCUUAGCGAAUGCUGGUUCCACCUUGGAAGGAGCUGAUUUAGAGCUUGUGUUGAAUCCUCUUCGACUUGCAUUUGAGACCAAGAACUCGAAAAUCCUGGAAUCUGCUUUGGAUUGUCUUCAUAAACUCAUUGCAUAUGAUCAUUUAGAGGGAGAUCCUGGCUUAGAGGGUGGUAAAAAUGUUCCACUGUUUAUAGAUGUUCUGAACAGGGUUUGCGGUUGUAUUGAUAAUUCAUCAUCUGAUAGCACGAUAUUGCAAGUGUUGAAGGUACUCCUUACAGCAGUGGCAUCCACAAAGUUCCGAGUGCAUGGAGAACCUCUGCUUGGAGUUAUCAGAUUAUGCUAUCAUAUGGUGCUUAACAGCAAGAGCCCCAUAAAUCAAGCAACAUCAAAGGCAAUGUUGACACAGAUAGUCAGUAUUAUGGUCAGAAGGAUGGAGAAUGAUCAGGUCUUGACCUCAUCUGGGUCUUCUGGGCAUACAGAAACUUCAUCAGCAGAGAAUUCAAGCCCCAAAACAGAAGAGACAGCCUUGAGUGACAAAAAUGAGAAUUGGGCGACUUUAGGAUGUGCCCUUAACCAGACCAAAGAUACAUCUCUUGCCUCUGUUGAAGAACUCUGUAAUCUUGCAGGUGGUGGUGAUAUCAAGGGUUUAGAGGCAGCUCUUGACAAAGCAGCACAUACUGAAGAUGGUAAAAAGAUCAUAAGAGGGCUUGACCUUGAGAGCAUGAGUAUUGGACAACAUGAUGCUUUAUUGGUAUUCCAGUCACUUUGCAAGAUAGGCAUGAAGGAAGAAAAUGAUGACCUCAUGACCAAAACGCGGAUUCUGUCUCUUGAGCUGCUGCAGGGUCUUUUGGAAGGUGUUAACCAUUCUGUUACAAAGAACUUUCAUUUCAUUGAUUCUGUUAAAGCAUAUCUUUCCUAUGCUUUGUUGAGGGCUUCAGUUUCACAAUCCCCUGUUAUAUUUCAGUACGCAACUGGAAUUUUUUCAGUGCUUUUAUUGCGAUUCAGAGAGAGUCUUAAAGGCGAGAUUGGGGUCUUUUUUCCCUUGAUAAUUCUACGAUCAUUGGACGGCUCUGAAUUUCCUGUCAACCAAAAAAUAAGUGUUCUUUGGAUGCUUGACAAAGUUUGUAAAGAUCCUCAAAUGCUUGUUGAUGUGUACAUUAACUAUGAUUGUGAUCUUCAGGCACCAAACUUGUUUGAACGCAUGGUGACCACUUUAUCCAAAAUAGCUCAAAGGACACAAAAUACAGAUCCCAAUUCUGUUGCUGUAUCCCAGACAACUUCUAUUAAUGUUUCAUCACUUCAGUGUCUUGUGAAUGUGCUUAAAUCACUGGUUGAUUGGGAGAAAUCACGAAGAGAAUCCAAAGAGAACAGCCGUAAUAGUCAGUCUCUAGCUGAAGCUGUUCAGAUAAAGAAGGAAGCUCAUAAAUCUACUGUGGAAGCUCUAGAUUCAAUGAAGUUUUCAGGGAUGAAGUUUGAUACAGCAAUCCGUGAAUUCCUUAAAGGAUUCCAACUUCCAGGAGAAGCUCAAAAUAUAGAUUGCAUUAUGGAAAAGUUUGCUGAACGAUAUUGUGCAGAUAAUCCUGGUCUUUUCAAAAACGCAGAUAUCGCUUAUGUUCUUGCUUAUUCAGUUAUAAUGUUGAAUGCUAAUGCACACGACCCUGUGGUCUGGCCUAAAAUGUCAAAGUCUGAUUUUGCGCGUAUGAAUGCUGUAAAUGAUGCUGAAGAAUGUGCCCCUACAGAACUCCUGGAGGAGAUCUAUGAUCAUAUUGUUAAAGAAGAGAUAAAAAUGAACGAUGAAAUGACUAGAAGCAACAGACAGAAGCUAAAAGGUGGAGAGAGAGGAGGCCUUGUCAGUAUUCUUAAUCUUGCUCUCCCAAAACAGAUAUCUUCGACUGAUACUAAGUCUAAAAGUGAAGCUAACAUCAAGCAAACACAGGCUAUAUUCCAGGAUCAAGGAACUAAAAGAGUUUUCUAUACUUCACAGAGGAUUGAACUUGUAGGGCCCAUGUUGAAGGCUGUAGGAUGGCCUUUGCUUGCUACUUUCUCUGUUACAAUGGAGAAAGGGAAGAAUAAACCGCAGGUUGUUCUCUGUAUGGAAGGUUUUAAAGCUGGGGUACAUAUUACACAUGUUCUUGGAAUGGAUACCAUGCACUAUGCUUUCUUAACAUCCCUGGUCAGAUUUACUUUCUUGCAUGCACCAAAGGAAAUGCGUAGUAAAAAUGUGGAAGCAUUGCAAACUCUGCUGGCACUUUGUGACACAGAUCCUGAGUCACUUCAGGAUACAUGGAAUGCAGUGUUGGAAUGUGUUUCUCAACUUGAAUACAUCACGUCAACUCCAGCUAUUGCUGCAACUGUCAUGCUUGGGUCAGAUCAGAUCUCCAGAGAUGCUGCUGUUCAAAGCCUUAAAGAGUUGGCUGGGAAACCUGCUGAUCAAGUUUUUGUGAAUAGUGUUAAAUUGCCCAGCGAUUCAGUCGUGGAGUUCUUCAAUGCUCUGUGUGGUGUAUCAGUUGAAGAAUUGAAGCAAACUCCAGCUCGUGUCUUCAGCCUGGAAAAACUUGUUGAGAUCAGCUAUUACAAUAUGGCUCGUAUACGCAUGGUAUGGGCUAGAAUAUGGUCUGUCCUAGCAAACCAUUUUAUUGCUGCUGGAAGUCAUCCUGAGGAGAAAAUUGUGAUAUAUGCCAUUGAUUCUCUGAGACAGCUUGGAAUGAAGUAUUUGGAGCAUGCUGAACUAAAAAAUUUCACAUUCCAAAGUGACAUUCUUAAACCAUUUGUUGUUCUUAUGCAGAAUAUUCGAAGUGAAAAGAUAAGGAGCUUGAUUGUUGACUGCAUUGUUAAAAUUAUUAAAUCUAAAUCCAGAAGCAUAAAAUCUGGGUGGCAUAGUGUUUUUAUGGUUUUCACAGCUGCUGCAGAUGAUGAAUUGGAAUCACUUAUUGAAACAGCAUUUGAAAAUGUUGAGCACGUUAUAUUGGAACACUUGGAUCAGGUGGUUGGAGAUUGUUUUAUGGACUGUGUCAACUGUCUUAUCAAGUUUGCCAAGAACAAAAGUUCUCGUCGAAUAAGUUUGAAGGCUAUUGCACUGCUCCGUAUAUGUGAAGAUCGUUUAGCAGAGGGGCUUAUACCUAAUGGAGAUUUGAAGCCAAUUGAUGUUCAUGUGGAUGCAACUCUCAAUGUGACUGAGCAUCAUUGGUUCCCAAUGUUGGCUGGUUUAUCUGAUCUGACAUCAGAUCCUAGAUCUGAGGUCAAUAGCUGUGCACUUGAAGUUUUGUUUGAUUUGCUAAAUGAGAGAGGUAGCAAGUUCUCAUCAACAUUCUGGGAGAGCAUUUUCCAUCGCGUCUUAUUUCCUAUUUUUGAUCAUGUGAGACAUGCUGGAAAUGAGAGCUUAAUUUCUACCAAGGAUGAGUGGUUUUGUGAAACCAACAUUCAUUCCCUUCAAUUGCUUUGCAACCUUUUCAACAAUUUUUACAAGAAGGCUUGUUUUAUGCUGCCAUCACUGCUGAGUUUGCUGCUGGAUUGUGCAAAGAAAACAGAUCAGUUGGUUGUUUCAAUUUCUCUUGGUGCACUAGUGCAUCUCAUAGAAGUUGGAGGACACCAAUUUAGUGAAAGUGACUGGGAUACAUUGUUAAAAAGCAUAAGAGAUGCCUCAUACACUACUCAACCACUUGAGCUACUCAAUGCUUUGGGAUUUGAGAAUAAAAAAAACCUUGGGGUGGUGAUUAGAGAUUCUGAGGUCAAUGCAGGUGAAGUGGAUAGCCAGCCACUAGCUUCCCCAAGUAUCGGUGCUGAUAGCAUUGGUGAAGUGGAUGGAUCAGCAGGUGUUCCAUCACCAUCAGGAAGAGCUCAGAAAUCUUUUGAAGCGGAAUCUCUUCAACGGAAUCAGAGCAUAGGCCAAAAGAUCAUGGGAAAUAUGAUGGAUAACCGUUUUCUUAGGAGUUUUACCUCUAGAAAGGCUCUUGCACUGGGUGCUUCAUUACCAUCUUCUCCACCUAAGCUUCCUGAUGCCAUGGAGUCUGAUACUAGAAAUGAGGAAGAAAGUCCACUGUGGGGAACAAUUAGAAGCAAGUGCAUUACUCAGUUGUUGCUUCUUGGUGCCAUAGAUGCUAUUCAGAAAAAGUACUGGAGCAAGUUGAAAGCACAGCAAAAGAUUAUGAUAAUGGACAUUUUGUUUUCCUUAAUUGAAUUUGCUGCUUCAUAUAAUUCAUAUUCCAACCUCAUGAUGCGGAUGCACAAAAUUCCGGCAGAAAGGCCUCCAUUGAAUCUUUUUCGUCAGGAAAUAACAGGGACUUCCAUAUAUUUGGAUAUCUUAUUGAAAACAACUUCAGGCUUUGAUGCCAAUGGGGAGCAAAAACCCAAAUCUAUUGGUUUUCAAGACAUAGAUAACAAGUCAAGCUUUAUCAAACAUUCCAAUGCGGCAGAGAAGCUAGAAGGGAUUGCAGAGGAGAAAUUAGUGUCUUUCUGUGAGCAGAUACUCAGGGAAGCAUCUGAUCUUCAGUCCAACAAUGUAGUGGAGACUACAAACUUGUCUGUUCACCGUGUUCUGGAGUUACGCGUCCCAGUUGUCGUUAAGGUGCUUAAAGGCAUGUGCUAUAUGAACGAUCAGAUUUUCAAAAGACAUCUGUGUGAUUUCUAUCCCACACUUAUAAAACUUGUUUGCUGCAAGCAGAUGGAUAUCCGUGGAGCACUUGGUGACCUUUUCAUGGUGCAGUUGAAAGCUCUGUUACCUUCUUAGUAUAACUGCCACUGUGCCACUUUCCUCUUAGGAAGGAAUGAUUUUCUGAUUCCUGCACAUUGUUUUGCUAAUUUGCAGAACAAUAAAACUAUGUGUACACACUUUUGAAUACAUAUGAUUAGAUGAUUUUAAAUUAAGGAUAAAAUAACAUCGAAUCACAUAAUGACACAUCAACUGUGUAUU